UCCAAGCCUGCAUCCCGAAAUUCUUGCCCUCCCAUCCUCUGUUCGCUACUCGGGCAGCCGACAUCGACGACUAGUCCCUACCCACCAUCUCCCCACUCCGUCCGUCGAACAGUUGUCUAAUUCCCUAAGGUUUACAGCCAUGUCAAACAAAGCUGAGGGUGAUGGUAAGGAACCAGUGAAUGAGCAGGCAAUUGCCAACAUAUAUGGCAACAUGAGGUCUGAAAUCAACCAACUUCACUCAAAAAUUACAGAAUUGGAGAUGGAAGUGAGCGAGCACUCUUUGGUGAUUGGAGCCGUACAGCCACUUGAUCCAUCCAGGCGAUGCUACCGGAUGAUUGGAGGUGUGCUGGUGGAGAGAACCAUCAAGGAGGUCCUACCAGCAGUCCAGCGUAACAAGGAGGGUCUUGAGGAGGUGAUUUCUCGGCUAAAUGAAGCCUUGGAAAAGAAGAAAAAGGAGAUUGCUGAAUUUGAAGCAAAAUAUAAAAUCAGGAUAAGAAAAUCAGAUGGUGAGGUUAAGGAUGAUGGAGGUCGGAAGGAAGGUUCUGCUCAAGGAGUUCUUGUGGGUCCUGCGGGUGCUAAGAAUGAAUAAUCAAUUGUAUUGAGUUUUUUGUCUGAUGAAUUAUUUUAUUUUUGUUGAAAUGAAAUUUUGGUUGAACAGUUGUUGGUGUUUAUACUAAAUUUAUAUAACCUUAUUCUCUAUACAGUGAAUGACUGAUCAUUGACCAAGCACUUAAGUAGAAAAUAAUUGAAGGGUAAAUAUCCAUCCUUUGGUGCACGCAUAUGAAUAAGACUCUUAGGGA